AUGCUGCUGCUCCUCCGACCCGAGCAGGAUGUUACCGGAUAUAGGGUGUAUGGUCACUAUUUGGCUGUGGGAAUUGGAGCAUCCCGGGAAGAGCAUGAGCUGUCGGGGCACAACGGUCACGACGGAAAUCGCUCUGCGAUUGGUCAGGAGUCCUGGACGUUUGUGCAUGAUCCUCGUGCAAAUCGACCGAGUUGCUUCCCUUACAAGGAUGGUGGUAAACGCAUCCUUGUUACCUUACGACGUCUUGUUAUCGAAUUUCGCUCGUAUAACGCAUCGCCCGACAUUGCUUGCGUGUUCUCUCCGAGUCGCCUAGGCGAUGCGGAUGAUGCCUGUACCGGCCACAAGGCGUGUCCCCAAUGGACCGGACCGCUGUCGAAACUUCACAACCUCGUCAGCUACACCUUAUGCCCACCGGAGCUCCUGAGCGUCGUGGAGCCCAUGAACUUUGACUUGCUCCUGAGCGUAUCCCUGGUCCUGUCGCGAUUAACGAAGUUGAGGCGCCUCCACAUCGCGGUGAACCUGGACAGCCUCAGUAUAUCCAUUUUCGCGAGCUUGCUUUCGCAAGGACAACUUCGGAGCUUGACCUUUGGAAAGGUGCAAAGCGGUAUGCUUGCAAGUCUUGCCAAAGUGCCCGACGUGGGUCACUCGUUCUCUUUCCUGCGGGAGAUGCACAUCAUGGAAAUGGGUGAGGUGGAUGUAAACGAACUACACGCGUUUCGGCCCCUUCUGCAACAGUUGACUCACCUCACACUUGGCACGGGCCACAAAUUUCCGAAAGAUGUCCUGUUGGAAACAGUGCUCCAUGUCCCUCGUUUGGAAGUGUUGACCGUCUUCUACGAUAACUUCCUGAAUGGCACCGUGGACGCAGCGCACUUCCAGUCGAUCAUACACUCAUCACGGGAAUGCCGUUUGGACUCAUUUCACGAGCUGAUUAUCCAACAUCAAGGUGUCGGGACCGCAUCCCAGUUUUCUGAGCUAUUCUCGUGGAUAGCUGUUAUCUGUGCCGGCUCUCCUCUCAGAUGUCUCGAGAUCCACUCAGAUGACGGGCGAAAAUCAUACUUCAAUCAUGAAAUUUUAGAUUUGCUUCAGGAAAAGCGAGCCACCAUGCGCCGGCUGGUGAUGCCCAGGAUCUUGAUCCGCCGAGAGGUGCUCCGUCCUUUCCUGCAGUGUAUGGAGCUAAAAGACGUUCGAGUGGACAUUGACAGGCCGAAGUGGAUUUGUGCGUUAGACAGAGCUGCACCAUCUACGUAG